CCAAAAUAGAAACAAAGACGGAAACAGAUAUGAUAAAAAAACUUAGUUACAGUGUGUAUAGAAGUCUAAGAACAAGGUUUGAUAUAAGUUCUGCCUACAAUGCUGCUGUUACCAAAGUCUUAGAUAGAAAAUUUUCUUUGGUUUUACCUCAAGAAACAACACCUUUUAGGACAAUACCAAGUCAUAUACAGAAACCAACAUAUGCUGAAACCGGACAUGCAGCUCCAAAGAAAAUUGGAGCAGAUAUUGAAGUCAAGAAUGAAAAUCAGAUAAUGGGAAUGAGAAAGGCUGGAAGAAUGGCAAGACAAAUAUUAAACCAGACAGCAGUAUGUUUAAAGAUUGGGGUAACAACAGAUGAAAUAGAUUCAAUAGUACACCAGCUGUGUAUAGAAAAUGAUGUCUAUCCAUCACCAUUAAAUUACAAGCAUUUUCCAAAAUCUGUGUGUACUUCUAUCAACAAUGUUGCUUGUCAUGGAAUACCUGACCUACGACCUCUCAGGGAUGGAGAUAUUAUCAAUGUUGAUAUAACAGUAUUUUGUGAUGGUUUCCAUGGUGAUAUGUCAGAAACCUAUUUGAUUGGUAAUGUAGAUGAGAAAGGGAGAAAACUGGUUCAUGCUACAGAACUGGCAAGAGAUGCAGCAAUAUCUGUAUGCAAACCUGGGGUGGAAUACUGUCAAAUUGGUAAAACAAUUAGCUCUGUAGCAGAAACUCAUGGAUUUACAGUAGUUCCAGCAUUUAUUGGACAUGGGAUAGGAGAAGAUUUUCAUUGUCCACCAGAUAUAUUUCACUUUGCACAUGAAUCACCAGAAGUAAUGACAGAAGGAGUAACAUUUACAAUAGAGCCUAUUUUAUCAGAAGGUAAUGAUGAAGUAGAGAUAUUAUCAGAUAGUUGGACAGCUGUGAUGUGUGAUGGGAGUAGGACUGCUCAGUUUGAACAUACAGUAUUAGUAACAAAUGAUGGAGUAGAAAUACUUACCAAGUAGAAAACUAGAAAAUUUAUGACACGUGGCUUUCAAUAGAUAUGAA